ACAGGAGCAGCACAGACAACCAGGAUGACCCUGAAACCUCCUUCGGAGCGGAGCGUUGCUACUGCUCGUCGCCAAUAGAAGGCUGCUGCUGCCUCUCGCCAUGUCUUCCAACGCUGAAUUUCACCAAAAGCUUUGGACUGUCAUCUUCCUCCGUUGAUCCUGUGGGGAGCUGAGAGACAGAGUUGAGAAAGAAAGAAAGAAAGAGGAUGAUGGGGAAGUUAUGGAACAUGGAGGAAGGGGGGAUAGUGGAGGGCUUCAGCACGGAGGAGCUGGAGUGCAUGAUCUGCUACUGCCCGUAUAGCCUGGGCAGCCGGCGCCCUAAGGUCCUCGAGUGCUGCCACCGCCUGUGUGCCAAGUGCCUGGCCAAGAUCUUAGACCUAGGCGAGUCGCCACCCAAUGCUGUAGUGUGCCCAUUUUGCCGGUUCGUCACUAGUUUCCCGGGCGAGGCGGUGGGCAACCUGCCAGAUGACUGCAACUUGGUGGCAGCGCUGGCCCUCCAGACCCGGAACCAGAGGAACUUGCACUACCACAAUGAGGGCCCCACCGAGCUACUGCUCAGCCCCAGGCACCUAAGCUCGCUCAUGGGCAACCCUCCCAGCGGCUCCCCAUCCUCCUCCACUACCACUACCACCACCACCACCCACACAUACUCCUCCAUCCGCGGUUCACCCAACUACAUGGUCAUCACCAUCAUGGAACCGCCUCCAUCCCCUCAGGACCACCACCCCUACCAACUUCACUCCCACCCCCCUGGAGUGGCCACCAUCCAGGGUAGGGAUUACCACUCCUCCAGUCUGGACUCCAUGGCCUCAAUCAACCAGAGGUGGGCGGUGUGGAACUGCGCUGCCCGUGCGCUGGUGUGGGUGUUGGGGCUCCUCUACUUCAGCUCCUUGCCCAUGGGGGUCUACCUGCUCAUUAUGCAGAAGACCACCCUGGGGGUCCUUCUGGUAAGCCUGGUCCCGGCAAGCCUCGUCAUGAUCAUGGUCUACGGCUUCUGCCAGUGCCUCUGUCACGAGUUCUGGGACCUUAUGCCCCAUAGCAGCCAAAGAACGAUCAUCCGAGGAGGUUAAGAACGGGUUGCAGAAAUGUUACAUUUUUCCGAAUGAGAUCGUUACUACUGACAAUGGAAAUUGGCAUCCUGGAUACCAUAGAAUAUUUCAUUUUAUUUUAUUUUUUACUCAGACUCAAAUGACUUGGCGGAUUGUAAAUGGGAAGAGAGCAGGUACAAGAGAUGUACAGUUUAGAUCAAUGUUAAGUUUGGGCAUUUUCAGUUCUAGUCAUUAAUUUAGAUGAUGUAAUUUGUGUACUGUGUAAACAAAACGGUCCACCAAAUAUCCAACUAUACUUAAAUAAGAAGUCGCAGUAAGUAUCGGGUAUGCUUUCGCAACCAGAAAAAGUAUGAAGCAUUCUUUUUUCAUUUUGAGGUAUUAACAAUAGAACUAUCUGGCCAUAAUUGGCACAGUAGAAAUGUAUACAUUUGUAUUGAAAGCACUUAGAGGGAGGAACAACGGUCUAAUGCUAAGCUUUGGCAAGUCAGUGUAAAUAAUAAUUUGUUAUAAAGGACGUGAAUAAUGUGGAGGACACCAAGGAUAUGAGUUAGUCAUAAUGUAACCGCCACCAUAAAUGUAUGUACUAUCGUCAUACUAUCAUCAUCAUUCUGGUGUAUGUGACAAUAAAAAAUCAUUAAAACAUUUUUUAAUGAUUUUUUUCCCUCAAAUAUAAAGUUAAUUUGACUUAUGCAUAUCACCUUCAGCAUGUUUACGGUAUAAUCCACAAUCCAUACAGGAGAGUAAAUGGAUGCUUCUCAUUUAGAAUUGGGUGCAAAUGACAAAUUGACCACGGCAGUCAAGGGUUGUGAUCAUUACAGCACGCAACAGAUUUUCUUUGUAAUUGAACACAACAGGUCUCAUUCAUUAGGGCACACCAGGAGCAAAAAAUGCUUUGCAACGGGGACACAAAAAUAAGUGUUUCUUAUUGGACAAGUCCAGAAAGUUCCUCCUCGUUUCAGUCCGUUUUCUUUCAGUUGGGGCCUAAUGAACACAGCCCAGGUGUUAUGAAUCACCCCUUUGUUUUAAUAAUCUCAAUAUCUUAAGGAGAUGUUUGCACAUAUCGAAGGACAAGUGCAAAACGGAGAUGUGGAUUAGCUACGUUAUUAACACAACUAGUUUCACGUAGAUGUACUUUUUGGAAUGAUUGUGUAACAGGAUAGACUAUCUAUACCCAGCAAGAGAUGUUACUGAUGUUGUUGCAUUUUCUCAAAUAGAAUAACAAAUGUAAUGCUUUAUACGCAUUACAUUGCCAGGCUUUCUUCUUUUGUAGUCCUAAUGUACAGUUGGGGGAAUUCAAAAGUUAACCUGUAGGGGAGUGGAGUAAAUUGAGACAUUACAUUCAGCAUAAUUCCGUCAAGAGAAGAAUAGUUUCCUUUCUAACAAAGAUAUCUACAUAUACUGAACAAAAAUAUGAACGCAACAUGUAAAGUGUUGGUCCCAUGUUUCAUGAGCUGAAAUAAAAGAUGAACAGAAAUCACAAAAAGCAUAUUUCUCUGUAAUUUUGCGCACAAUUUUCUUUACAUCUCUGUUGUUGAGCAUUUCUCCUUUGCCAAGAUAAUCCAUCCACCUAAAAGGUGUGGCAUAUCAAGAAGCUGAUUAAACAGCGUGAUCAUUACACAGAUGCAUCUUGUGCUGGGCACACUAAAAGGCCACUCUAAAAUGUGCCAUUUUGUCACACAACACGUCUUAAGUUUUGAGGGAUCGUACAAUUGACAUGCUGACUGCAGGGAUGUCCACCUGAGCUGUUGCCAGAGAAUUCUAUGUUCAUUUCUCUACCAUAAGCUGCCUCCAACGUCGUUUUAGAGAAUUUGGCAGUACAUCCAACCAGCCUCACAAUCACAGACCAAGUGUAACCACGCCAGCCCUGGACCUCCACAUCCGGCUUCUUCAUCCGGCUUCUUCAGCACCCCCGUCGGUGGCAGAGGGUGCUGAAAUUGUUGCAUGUUGCGUUCGUAUUUUUGUUCAGUAUAUAUUUCAGGAUGUUGUGUAUCUCUGGAAAAAAUCAGAAUUCAUUUCAACAUUACCGUUUUGAAAACAUAGCAUCCAGAAAAGUGGUCUCUUAGCACUACCUACAAAUUUCUGUACCGAAUGAAAUAUUACCACUUCCUUUUUAAAAAAACGUAUAUAUAUUUAUUUCCCAAACACAAUUUAACACAAUAUCACAUUUUUUUCUGAAUCAUCUUGAAGAACGAUCUGAAAUUAAUAAUGGGCAUUUACUCUUACAAUCUCCACCAGGCACAGCCAGAAGAGGACUGGCCACCCCUCAGAGCUAGGUUCCUCUCUAGGUUUCUUCCUUAGUUCCUGCUUUUCUAGGGAGUUUUUCCUAACCACCGUGCUUCUACAUCAGCAUUGCUUGCUCUUUGGCGUUUUAGGCUGGGUUUCUGUAUAAGCACUUUGUGACAUCUGCUGAUGUAAAAAUGGCUUUAUAAAUAAAUGAUACAUCUUUCAACCCAGAUGUAACACCUAACAAACACUUUGUACUUUGUUAAACAUAUUUAACAUAGGCCAGGCCCUGUUGUUACCUUAUAUCCUGGCAAUAAUGCCUUGUAUUACGGCCUGGCAAGAAAAUACUCCAAUUUGCUCAACAUACCAUUAGCUCAACCAUUGGCUCAACUUACCCCAAGGCAAAAAAAAUUGACGAUAUUAGUCCACAUAGCUUCAAGGAUCUUCAACGGUUUUGCAAAGUUGCUGGAUA